AUGGCGCCGGGUAAAAAAAAGAAUAUAAGACACAAUUCCCAGCUUCCUCAGUACACUUCAGGUCCCAAUACCUCAUCUGUGCCAUUUAUGGGUCCUCCUCAUCCUCAACCGCCUCUGCCUCCUCCGCCUCCGCCUACUCAGCAGACUUCACUGCCACCUGGAUUUUUCACUUUGCCCCCUUGUGAUCCAGUUCGAUAUAAGCCUAUCUCUAAUUCCCAAAGCAUGCACACUAUGCCAUCUUCUUCUCCAGCUUAUCGUACUAGUCAGCAUGGUGGCUCCUCAUCUAUGCCUCCGUCAUCCUGCACUCCAUACCCAAGCUACCAUACUCAGACUUUUGAAGAGAUUGUAUCGUAUGAUUCCUUUCAUAGACUGAUUAUCAUUCUUGAUGGGACUACUGGGUUAGUUCCCUCCAAUGAAUCUACGAAGGUGGUUGUGGAUUGUGUUAAAGGAUUUUAUCGAGAUGCUUGGAGUAAAUGGUCAGAUAUACCGUAUUAUUAUAGAGAUCAGAAGUGGAAUCAAUUUAGGAAGGGCGAGAAGCCCGGUUGGAUGCUAAAAGACAUGUGGGAUAGACUUAUUGUGAUAUGGGCUUCUGAAGAAUUUAAGAAGAGGAGCAAUGCUGCAAAGGCUGCCCGUGCCUCCAAUACGGGUGGCUCAUUGCACACUGGGGGUUCAAUUAGUAUGGAGACCCAUCGAAGGAGAAUGGAAAAGGAAAAAGGGAGAGUUGUGACUUAUGCCGAGGUCUUUGAGGACAAGCAUUUAAAAAAGAAAAAGGAUGGGACAAGAGAAUGGGUCGAGCCGCGUGCUGCGAGGGAAGCCUAUCAGCAACGUUUUGAGGAAUGGCGUCAAAGUCAACCCGAUUCUGAGGGUGGUAGCUCAACCCAAGUGUCACUCAAUGAUGUAGCUUCAAUAUGGACGCAGGUGGUUGGUGGCGCAAACAAAGGUAGAACCUACGGUCUUGGAUCACAAUAUUCUGUAGGCCGUUCUACGACAUUGUUGUCUGGUGAUGCGAGUUAUUCACAAGAUCACGAAGAGGUGGAAGAAUUACGAAAAGAAGUUGAAGAGUUCAAGGAGGAACGGAAAGAAGACCGCGCAAAUUUUAACAAAUUGCAGAGUCUAGUGGAGAAAUUUAUGAGCGGGCAUCCAUUUGGUCCUUUGAAUGGCGAGGAUGGCGGGGAUAAUGAGUUUUAG